AUGCGAGCUGGACUACUCAAUCGUGGACGGACUCUUGGUAUUGGAUGCUGGAAUGUGCGAACGUUUCUGGACCCUGGUAGCCAAAACCUGACCGCACGCAGCCUUCAUCAGUACAACGUGGAUGUCUGCUGUCUGUCUGAGGUACGACUCCCUGACUCAGGCUCCCGUGAAAUAAAGAUCCCGGGAGUCGAAUCAUACUUCACCCUGUACCACAGCGGCCCACGCGAUUCUUCUGGUCGACAAGGUGUGGCGAUCGCCCCAUCGCAACAAGCGAACCUCGCGCUCCUUGCUUGGGAACCAGUCAAUGACCGGAUGGCCUACGUGCGACUGAAGAGUCACUUCACGAACAUCUCCAUCGUCGCUGUGUACGCACCAACUUCGGCUGCCGAACAGCGCGAUAAAGAGGCGUUUUAG